UCAUCCGUGCAAAAAGUUUUAUAAAUAGAUUUUAUUUAGUGCUCCGAAAUAGCAAGAUUUUUUUUCAAAAAAUUUACGCCAAAGAACUAAACACGGCCACAGAGCAGCACAUUGCAUGAGCACUUCCAACACUAAGCAAACUAAACACGGCCACAGAGCAGCACAUUGCAUGAGCACUUCCAACACUAAGCAAGGGCAAAUUGGCAAGAGCACCAGGUGACACAGCAGCAAUGCCAACCUCCCACUGGGAAGAUCGGUUCUAGCAUUCGCUGGACAUUGACAUGGUAUAACCCAGCAAUCCUUAAGAAAAGAAUCCGCUUUGGGUUCACAAUCUUCUUUCUGGUUGGUUCAGUUUCGAACCUUCAGUGUACCGAGCUGAUGGAUCACAACACUGGAUACGAUGUCUGACAACAGAAAUAGAGCAUGUCCUAAUUGCAAUAAAAUGCAUAACCUGUGUAUUAGAGUGACUCAUUUUCUUGGUUGGCAGAUCACAAAAAGGAACACAAACACAAGCCCCAACUUGUCCGGGAGUUAGGUCAGGGACACCAUAUGAAUGAAACUAUCUUAAUUUCAGUCACACCAAGAUUGUCCCAAGUUUGGUAACUGCAGUGUCCAAUAUAUCACCUAACAAAGCCACCCAACACCUGCAUACAUAGCAUCUCUUGCAGACUGAACCCUUCAUCAGGAGCGCCAUGGUGGAAGCUCAUGCCACGCCGGCGACGCCGUUCUCCCCACUGACAGGGCUCCACAAGUACAUCGCGAUCUUCCUCGUCAUCCUCUCAUGGAUCCUGGUCCACAAGUGGAGCCUGAGGAAGCAGAAAGGCCCAAGAUCAUGGCCGGUGAUUGGCGCGACGGUGGAGCAGCUGAGGAACUACCACAGGAUGCACGACUGGCUUGUCGAGUACCUGUCGAAGAACAGGACGGUGACCGUCGACAUGCCCUUCACUUCCUACACCUACAUCGCGGACCCGGUGAAUGUUGAGCAUGUCCUCAAGACCAACUUCACCAAUUACCCCAAGGGAGACGUGUACAGAUCCUACAUGGAUGUGCUGCUCGGCGACGGCAUAUUCAACGCCGACGGCGAGUUGUGGAGGAAGCAGAGGAAGACGGCGAGCUUCGAGUUUGCCUCCAAGAACCUGAGAGAUUUCAGCGCCAUCGUGUUCAGAGAAUACUCACUGAAGCUGUCAGGCAUACUGAGCCAAGCAUCCAAGACAGGCAAAGUUGUGGACAUGCAGGAACUGUACAUGAGGAUGACGCUGGACUCGAUCUGCAAGGUUGGGUUCGGGGUUGAGAUCGGCACGCUGUCGCCAGAUCUCCCCGAGAACAGCUUCGCCCAGGCGUUUGACGCCGCCAACAUCAUCGUCACGCUGCGCUUCAUCGACCCGCUGUGGCGCCUGAAGAGGUUCUUCCACGUCGGGUCAGAGGCCCUCCUGGAGCAGAGCAUCAAGCUCGUGGACGAGUUCACCUACAGCGUCAUCCGCCGGAGGAAGGCCGAGAUCGUCGAGGCCCGGGCCAGCGGCAAGCAGGAGAAGAUCAAGCACGACAUCCUGUCGCGGUUCAUCGAACUCGGCGAGACCGGAGAGGACAGCGGUGGCCUCGGGGACGACAAGAGCCUCCGGGACGUGGUGCUCAACUUCGUGAUCGCCGGGCGGGACACGACGGCGACGACGCUGUCGUGGUUCACCUACAUGGCCAUGUCGCACCCGGAGGUGGCCGAGAAGCUGCGCCGCGAGCUGCGCGCGUUCGAGGCGGAGCGCGCGCGCGAGGAGGGCGUGGCACUGGUGCCCUGCGGCGGCGGCGGCCCCGACGCCGCCGCCGACGACAAGUCGUUCGCCGCCCGCGUGGCGCAGUUCGCGAGCCUCCUCAGCUACGACAGCCUCGGCAAGCUGGUGUACCUCCACGCCUGCGUCACCGAGACGCUCCGGCUCUACCCCGCCGUGCCUCAGGACCCCAAGGGGAUCCUGGAGGACGACGUGCUGCCGGACGGGACGAAGGUGAGGGCGGGCGGCAUGGUGACGUACGUGCCCUACUCGAUGGGGAGGAUGGAGUACAACUGGGGCGCCGACGCGGCGAGGUUCCGGCCGGAGCGGUGGAUCAACGAGGACGGCGCGUUCCGGAACGCGUCGCCGUUCAAGUUCACGGCGUUCCAGGCGGGGCCGAGGAUCUGCCUGGGCAAGGACUCGGCGUACCUGCAGAUGAAGAUGGCGCUGGCCAUCCUCUGCCGCUUCUACAGGUUCCACCUGCUGGAGGGGCACCCCGUCGAGUACCGCAUGAUGACCAUCCUCUCCAUGGCGCACGGCCUCAAGCUCCGAGUCUCCAGGGCCAUCUGAUUAUUAAUUAUUUCCAUAAUUACUUGAUUGCAUUGCAUCCUAGAUGAUGUAAUGCAAUCUUUGGGAUCUCGAGAGAUGUGAUGAUGAGUCAAUAAUCUGAAUCUGCUAUACAUACUAUUGCCUGCC